CCUCCCCCAAGCUACCCCACUUCCUCCGUGGAGACUCCCCAGCCCACCGGCCCUGCACCAGCCUCUACUUCCUGCUCAGAGGAGACUCCUAAGCCCACCGGCCCUGCACCAGGUGUUCCUCAGCAGAGCCAGCCGGCCACCUACCCUGCCGUCCCCCAGCAGAGCCAGCCCGCCCAGACUCCCUCUGUUCCAGAUGUCAACAAGCCCAAGCCUACUCCUUCCAGCAGCAGUGUGCAGCCCCAGCCUACCAAGCCAUCCGGUAGCAACGGUCACUUUGUAACCAACGGCGACAAGUGGUCCAUUACUUACACUCCCUACGCACAGUCUGGCCUGUGCAAGGAAGCUGCUGAGGUUGCUGCUGACAUCGAGAAGAUUGCUGGUCGCGGCUUCACCACCAUCCGCAUGUACAACACCGACUGCGGUGUCUUCGAGAAUGUUGUUCCCGAGUGCGAGAAGCACGGACUCAAGAUGAUCUACGGUAUCUUCCUCGAGGCUGGCGACAAGGGCUGCUUCUCCGAGUACGCCAACAAUCAGCUCAACGACAUCAAGACCAAGGCUCCCAAGGACAGCAUGUCCAUGGUCCUUGUCGGCAACGAGUGCAUGUUCAACGGUAACUGCCAGCCCGAGCAACUCGCUUCCUACAUCGACUACGUCCGCGACGAGCUCCGUGGCGCCGGCUUCCCCUCUACCAUCCCCAUCACCACCACCGAGCCCGUCGACGUCUGGGAGUCCAAGGGUGCCGCUCUCUGCUCCCACAUCGACGUCUUUGUUUGCCAGGUCCAGCCCUACUUCACCAACUCCGUCAGCCCCGACAUGGCCGGUGAGUUCGCCGCCCAGCAGCUCGAGCAGGCUUCCAAGGUCUGCCCCGAGGCUGCCGCCCGUGGUGCCUACAUUGGUGAGAUUGGCUGGCCUUCGCAGGGUCUGGCCAACGGCUUGGCCAUCGCCAGCCCCGACGCUCAGCGCACCGCUAUACAGAAGAUUCAGCAAGCUGUCGGCCCCAAGGCUAGCGUCUUCUCCUUCCAGGACGACACCUGGAAGGCUGCCGGUGCCUAUGGUGUUGAGCAGCACUUUGGCUGCAUUGAUGUCGUUGAUUAA